AAAUAAAUAUGACUUGAUAAUUUUCAUUAGGUCCAUACAAAGAGAAGAAAUCGUUUGAAGCAGAAAACAAUGAACGAUGUUGUUUUUGUCAUGACUAAUUCAAAAUUGGCAAAAAAGAAGAAAGCCAAGAGAUCAAAUCCGCUCAAACUAGAAGAUCUUUCGUCAGAUGAUGAGUGGAUUAUGGAAGAUGUUGGUGAAGACCCAGGAGGUGAUGAAGUUGCUGCUGGCAAUAACUCCACAGAUGUUCCAACACAAAAUGGAGAAGAAGAGGCUGCUGGCAAUAACUCCAAGGAUGUUCCAACACAAAAUGGACAAGAAGAGGCUGCUGCAAAUGUUCAACCUGAACAUGAAGAGGAGUUGGAUGUCACCAAUUUGGAUGAGGGAGACGAAGAUGAAGAUGAAGAUGAAGAUAAAGAACUUGAGGAUUAUGAUUUUAGCAUUGAUAAUUAUGUUUUAGAUGUGCUCAAUUUUAUGUCUUUUGACAGACCAAAGUGGGCAUCUUCUUCAUUUGCUGCAUCUGAUGGAUUGGUAACAGCCAUGGCAUAUCGACUGCCUCAUGUGGCUCAUCAAGUCAUGGGGAUGUCUCACCUCAAGAGCAAACACCGGCAAAUAACCAGCCCCCUUUAAAUAUGGAAGAAUUUGUUGACACUUUUUUUAGAGAAAUGAUGAUUGCCUCAGAUGUAGAUGAUGCUAAAGCCCGUGCUUCGCCGGCCCUUGAGGUUCUUGAGAAGUUCAUUUGUAUGCACACUUAAGUUGCUGCCGCCCAGAGUGCCCAACAGGUAUUUUAUUUUGUUAACAUGUCUCACUUAGGGACUCCUCACUUCACUUUGUCAUUGACACCUUUUAGGAACUAUUCUCACAUGAUCACUUGCAAUUUUUUUUUUAAAUUUUAAUCUUGGCUCUGCUUGGAUUCUGU